AUGUCUCCUCGUGGGAAAUAUGGAGGCGACAUUUGCGCAAUUUACGUCCACGCAGGCGCUGGUUUUCAUAGCUAUCAAAACGAGCAGCUGCACUUGGAGGCCUGCAACGAUGCAGCCAAAGUCGCCAUGGCUCUGCUCAAAAAUGGAAGCUCUGCCCUGGACGCCGUGGAGGGAGCUUUGAGGCUGAUGGAGGACCGAGAGAUUACCAAUGCUGGAUAUGGCAGCAACCUCACUGCCCAUGGUACUGUCGAGUGUGAUGCCACAAUCGUGGACCACAUGGGUCGCAGCGGAGCCGUUGGGGCUUGCUCCCAUAUAAAGAACCCGAUUUCGGUAGCCCGUCUCAUUCUUGAUUCCCAGAACAAGCCACUUUCUUUGCAACGCGUCCCCCCGAAUUUUCUGGUCGGUCAAGGAGCUACUGAUUUCGCCUACGACCAUGGUCUGCCAAUCGUCCCUGACGACUUCCUGGUAUCUGCGACGGCAAAGUCACGAUGGAUGCGGUGGCAGCAUGAACUCGAGGCAGCUCAGGAUCCAUAUUCACCAGACAAAAAUGCCCAAAGCGAUGAAACUUCUACGUCCUCUGCCAACCCCAUUGCAACAAUCAACCCGGCUAUGCUCAUGACACCACCCACUAGUCUACACGAUAGAAAUAACCGCAAAGACCAAGAUGAUCCACCCGACCAUGGUAACUUGGCACAACAAGAAACAGCGCCCUCAACGGGUGAUGGGGUAGACAAGUGUUUUCAGGGUGGCGGGCAGGAUAUAACGCCUUCGUCUGCCCAUAAUGCACCCCUAUCGUUUACCAAAGAAACAGAUGAGAUGCACCUUCAAACUGAAGAUGGAAACAUAGGCUCUAUCGUUCCAUCCGGCGGCGAGGAACCCGGUGACAAAAUAACCGACACAAUCGGUGCUAUUGCCGUUGAUAGCUAUGGCAAGAUUGCAGCCGGGUCAUCAUCAGGCGGAAUUGGCAUGAAACACAGGGGAAGAAUUGGACCUGCGGCUUUGAUUGGUAUUGGCACGGCAAUCAUUCCUGUGGAUGCCCUUGACCCUGAGCAGACCAGCGUGGCUGUUGUCACGUCUGGCACAGGAGAACACAUUGCCACCUCGCUGGCUGCAAGUACUUGCGCCAAUCGGAUCUACUUUAGCGAUCGCAAGGACGAGAAUGGCAUGACGGAAAACGUGACGGAGGAAGAGGCUAUAAAAUCCAUGAUUGACAAGGAUUUCUUGGAACACCCGGGUGUGAAAAAUAGUUUUUGUGAAGCUGCAAUUGGAGUCAUGGCCGUCAAAAAGAUGAAAGACGGCAUAUAUCUGUUUUUCUGUCACAACACAGAUUCCUUUGCACUAUCAUCCAUGACGUCAGAAGAUAAAAAGCCUCGUUGCGUUAUGUCCCGGCGCGCUCGGCAAGGUACCACAGCGCAGGGCGGCCGUUUCUCGAGGUCUCGACGGUCCAAAAGCAGGAGCCAUGGGACUGAGUAG